AUGCAACUCACAAAAACCCUCUUCGUGUGCGCCACAUUGAUCGCUACCACUGUCGCGCAAUCUCCUACAACAACCAGCCUUCACUUCACCUCCAUCCCAACCAGUUUGGUCGCUGGUGUCAAGCAAUCAAUCGGAUGGGCAGGUGGUAAUGGCAAUGUAAGGCCACUUCACUCUGACCCCCACGCCACGAGUCCACUGACUUUACCUCAGGGCGUGAACAUCAUUCUCCAACAAGGCUCAGCAGAUAACCUUCUGGACGUGCCAAUUGCCCCAAUCGCAUCUGGGGACCAAGGAACUUCCACCACGUGGACCCCACCCAAGUCGCUUCCUGAUGCUGGCAAUUACGCAUUGAGGAUCGAACAGGGCGAGGAUACUGUCAAUUACUCUGGCAUGCUCCAACUCUUCGGCGGGUGCUCAACCUGCCCCACUGACGCUGUCGCUGCUCUCGCCACGGCCUCGUCCUCAACGUCCUCAAUGUCCUCAACCUCCUCAAUGUCCUCAACUGGCUCUGCCACUGCUUCCUCGCCCUCCUCAACCGCCUCCUCUAGCUCAAAGAGCGGCGUCGUUACUCCUAUCCUCGCUCCUGGAUCCAAAUCAAGCAGCAAUUCCACGGGUGCCGCUGGUUCCUUAGGCAAUUCAACUACCACCGGUUCAAGCAUGAACUCGACAAUGGGCACAGGUAGCAUGGCGAACAUGACCAUGCCCGGCACCAAUUCGACCACGAACUCGACCACGAACUCGACCAUGAGCACCGCUAAGCUACACGCUACCUCGUCGAAAUCGUCCUCCUCAUCCUCCACCUCGUCAUCUUCCACAUCCUCGUCCUCAAGCGAGAGCACUUCAAGCAGCACUGGCAGCAGCACAAGCCCAUCUGCAACAAAGAAGAGCAGCGGUGUCACGGUGGCAGCGAGCAACUUCGCCUUAGUGCUUUGCGCUAUCGUUGGUGUUGUCUACCUGGGAUAA